AUGAGGCCGGGGAAGGAGGCUGGCACUGCCAAGAUGGCGACGGAAAGGAGUCGCUCUCCGGUGGGGGGCUCGCCAGUGCCGGCCUCGAUGUUCGCCCCAGAGCCCGUGGCGCACGGUGGGACAGCGGCGGCUUUCUCCAGGCCCCACGGCGGCGUCCCGGAAGCCGACUGCAGCGAGGACGGAGAGCUGCUCAAUGGAGAGCCGGAGCUCGAUCUUACCAGCAAGCUAGUAAUGGUGAGCCCAACAUCCGAACAGUAUGAUAGUUUACUCCAACAGAUGUGGGAGAGGAUGGAUGAAGGAUGUGGAGAGACCAUCUAUGUUAUUGGUCAAGGUUCAGAUGGGACUGACUAUGGGCUUAGUGAUGGAGACAUGGAAGCCUCCUAUGCCACAGUGAAGAGCAUGGCAGAACAAAUAGAUGCUGAUGUAAUUCUCUUGCGAGAGCACCAAGAAGCAGGAGGCAAAGUGCGUGAUUAUUUGGUGCGGAAACGUGUGGGUGAUAACGAUUUCCUAGAGGUCAGGGUAGCGGUGGUUGGCAAUGUGGAUGCUGGGAAGAGCACUUUGCUGGGGGUUCUGACCCAUGGUGAGCUGGACAAUGGACGUGGUUUUGCUCGGCAAAAACUUUUUCGCCACAAGCAUGAGAUUGAAUCAGGCCGUACCAGCAGUGUGGGCAAUGACAUCUUGGGCUUUGACAGCGAAGGCAACGUCGUGAACAAGCCUGACAGCCAUGGUGGGAGUUUGGAGUGGACCAAGAUUUGUGAGAAAUCAACAAAAGUCAUAACCUUCAUUGACCUAGCUGGGCAUGAGAAGUACUUGAAGACUACAGUCUUUGGCAUGACUGGGCAUCUCCCUGAUUUUUGCAUGCUAAUGGUUGGCAGCAAUGCUGGAAUUGUUGGGAUGACCAAGGAGCACCUAGGUCUGGCAUUGGCACUUAAUGUUCCAGUCUUUGUGGUGGUGACCAAGAUUGAUAUGUGUCCGGCUAACAUACUUCAAGAAACUCUGAAGCUCCUGCAGCGACUGUUGAAGUCCCCAGGAUGCAGGAAGAUCCCUGUGUUGGUCCAGAGCAAAGAUGAUGUUAUUGUUACAGCCUCCAAUUUCAGCUCUGAGAGGAUGUGCCCAAUCUUCCAGAUUUCCAAUGUCACUGGUGAGAAUUUGGAGUUGCUGAAGAUGUUUCUCAAUCUCUUAUCUCCAAGGACAAGUUACCGGGAAGAAGAACCUGCGGAAUUCCAGAUAGAUGAUACUUAUUCUGUGCCAGGUGUCGGAACAGUGGUGUCUGGGACAACCCUGAGAGGCCUAAUCAAGUUAAAUGACACUUUGCUUCUAGGCCCAGAUCCGCUUGGCAACUUCUUGCCUAUUGCAGUGAAAUCCAUCCAUCGCAAGCGCAUGCCGGUCAAAGAGGUGCGGGGUGGUCAGACUGCUUCCUUUGCUCUGAAAAAGAUCAAACGCUCCUCUAUUAGGAAAGGCAUGGUGAUGGUAUCACCUCGGUUGAAUCCUCAAGCCUCUUGGGAAUUUGAAGCAGAGAUUCUGGUACUCCACCAUCCCACCACUAUCAGUCCACGUUAUCAGGCAAUGGUACAUUGUGGUAGCAUUCGCCAAACAGCCACUAUCCUUAGCAUGGACAAAGACUGCUUACGCACUGGGGACAAAGCCACCGUCCACUUCCGCUUCAUCAAAACUCCAGAGUACUUGCACAUAGACCAGCGGCUAGUUUUUCGUGAGGGGCGUACCAAAGCAGUUGGCACUAUCACCAAGUUACUCCAGACCACCAAUAAUUCUCCCAUGAACUCAAAGCCCCAGCAAAUCAAGAUGCAGUCUACAAAAAAGGGACCCUUGACCAAGCGCGAAGAGAGUGGACCCCAGGCUGGCAUAGCGGUGCUGACUUCCUCUGCGGCAGAGGAUGCUGCCUCACUGGCAGCAGUUGCCUCAGCACCAUUGGGUGCUCAACAACCACAGGCAAAAGCUGGGGGUGGUGGCCGGAGGCGUGGUGGCCAACGUCAUAAAGUGAAAUCUCAAGCAGCUAUUGUGACUCCAGCGGGUGGCUGCUGAACAUCUUUUCGGAAAUUGAGAAAUUCACAUCUCCCUCUCCAUUUCUUCAAUUCAAAAACCUGGAGCAGCUUAACCAAAAUCCUUUGCAGCUGAUGUUCUACUGUGGAAGAUUUUGGGGUGGGGGUGGGGGCCCUGGGGUUGGGGAGGAAGUUUCAGGGAAUGUGGGUUUUCCAUUGAAACUAAUGAAGGUGACAACGAACAGAUGGGACUGACCAGCAGCCACCUUCUCCCUUUUCCCAAAACAUUUUGUACACCUGGAGCUCUUAGUCAUGAUUUUUAUGUUUUUAUUAUGGUGGUUUUAUGUGUGAGUGUGCUUGUGAGCAUGUGCAUUCAGGAGAAUACAGGUAUAAGAAAAUGAAGUACCUGUGUUUUCCCCAUUCCCACAUUCUUCAUUAGGCUAGCCAACUUAUUCUUUUGCCAUUGGGAAUUUCUGAAAUCCCAAGCAUUUAAGGUUAAGAAUAUGUGGCAUUUGGCAGGGAGGAAACAGUUCUUCCCCAUAUUUCCAAUGGUUUGAAACAGGUACCAGGUCUCUCUCUAAUUUCACCAUGACCAUAGAUGACAACUGUCAAAAAGGAAACCUCCCAAACAAGCCUCAUCCCAAACCUUAGAUUUCAAUGAAAUCCUAGAAGUUCAGUGUGUGUUUGCAAGCUUGUUUGCCCACACUUCAUUCUUCUGAAAGAAAAGGAGAGUUUUGAAAGUGAGAUUUGGAGGCCAAAGAGAAUUUCAUAUAUUAUAUAUUAUGUUCAAAACUUAUCUUUUUUUCCUACAAACUGUAGAGGCUUCCGACUGCAUGCUAUAUCUAGGUUUGCACCCAGCUAUGUGGGCACAUUAGGAACAAGAAAGUCAGAGUGCAAGGUUGUUUUUGGUUAUUUGUCCAUUUAUUUUCAUGGCUUCCAAACCAAUUUGAAGGUCACAUUUCCUUCCUACCAUGAAUAGAUGCUAUCGUUGGCCUCUGCAUAUUCAGCUCCCUUCACAUUACAGAAAUAGCUGCCUGUUUAAUUUAAUGCUUUAGAGACCAACUUGGAAACUUGUUUCAGCCUCUCCAUAUUUUUUCUGGGACACUUACAGACACUUCAUAGAGGUGGGCUGAGGUUUAUUGAAUCCACCAUUAAAAUUUAAAGUCAUUUUUGUGAUUUUAUAACUUUAGUAGCUGUGUCUCUUCAAGGCACUCAUUCUGAACUGACAUUUUAACUACAUCGUGUUUUUAAAAAGCAGAAAGCAUGAAAAAAUGUGGUUUGUAGUUAACUGGUUUGUAACUUUGAAUAGCAUUUUCCCUGUUGGAUUUAUUCCAUUCUAACCAUUUUUUGGAAUAAUCAGCCUUUUUUAAGUUAUAAACAUUAAAGAGCAGGUAGGACUACUUAUACCAUCUUCCCAAAUUUGAUGUGCUGUAUAUGUGUUGGAUUACAAUUCUCCAGCAAGCAUGGUUAACAGAUAUGCUAUAUGAGAUAGAUGGAAGUUGCAGACCAAUCUAUCUUGGAAGAUACCAGAUUAAGGAAAAUGGCUAUAUCUGUCUGGCUUUUUUAACAAAAUGCUCAGCAUCUGCAACAUUAAGGGAGCCCUGUCAGAACAAAUCAGUGUGAGGAAGAUUAAUGCAAGGUAGCAACCUGUGCUAUUGCUUUUUACCCUGUAUUACAUCUGUCUCCACUUUCAAUACCAAGGGAAGCAGAGGCCUUAGUCUGGUGUCUUCUUUAUUUCAUUCUUUUGUUAAGAAAGAUGAAUGUACAAUGCUGGCAAGCAUUAAGAAAGUCACAGUGCUGUGUUCUCCUUUUUGAGCCGCACAUAAAAACUACUGAGGCUCGCAUGGUGUCAACAUUAAAAAGAACAAUUUGGUAAAAAAGAAAAGUUUGUUGUUCUCUCCAUUUUAAAGGAAAUGGGGUAUUACUUCACUAAUCCUGUUGUUGCAUAAAAUGUAAAUCAGGUUAGACGUAAUUUGUAAAUAUGUUUUAUAUGGCUGAAAUUUCUUCUCUGAAAAGUCUUGAAGGGCUAGCUGGUUGUUCUCCUGAACUGGAGAUUAACUAAAAUGCUUUCAGAAUCUUGUAGAAAAUCAAAUUGACAAACAGGAAAGAUCCUGCUGAAUCAAACCUGUCUUUUUGUAUACAAGUGACUUAAGGGGUUGUGCAAAAGCCUAAGCAAAAUCAGGUGUUUACAACUGGUAUUUAGCAAAUGCUGCUUUUCAUUCUGAAGGUAUUAGACUUUCACUGAAAUCAGUAGCUCUACAGGUUCGACUAGCUUUAAAAAAAAAAAAAAAACAAUUAACCCAGUAUCACCAAUCACAUUCAUCUCAUAGAAAGCAAAUUCUAUGUGCUUUAUAAAUAAUUGCCUUAUCUUGUAUCCCCCUGAGUUUCAUACUGUUGCAUGGUUGCCAAGUUCUGGUAUUAGGAAAAUUUCUACCUUGCUUUUAUAUACAUUUAUCAAAUUUUGAAUGAAAAAUAGUUUGUAGUCUUUUUGAGCUAGAAGAUAGCUUAAUUAUUUUGGGUAUCCUAUUUACAUCCUUCCUAGCACUACAAAAAAGGUGCAAUUACCAGAAUUGUAUGAAGUAUUCCAAGGGCUAUUUAUAACAACUGUUCAUAAGAAAUGUGCACAAUUAAAAAAUAAGUUCAAAGCUAUUGCUAUUUUAAAAACCUGAUUGGAAAAGUUGCAAUCCUGAUUUUAGUUAAGCCUUGACAUCAAAUGUUUUCUUAAAAUUAAACUACAGUAGUUUAAACAGCAGUAUAAAUUUCUUUCUUAAUUAUGUAACUUUUUCAGCAGAUUGGCUGUUCUUGGGAUUCCUUCCAUCAUAGGCGAUUUGUAUCAACUUAGGAAGGGGGGGGGCGGUAUAUGUUUGCAUAUGGUCUGUGAUCUAUUUGACAAAAACAUGUAGUGCCAUUAUCUUUGAUGAGAAUUACCACUCUACUUCCAUUUUACUCCUCUCUGACAACACAAAUUUCUUUGUUCAUUGAUGACUAGUUUCACCACUUUUAAGAAAAAUCAUUUAUUGAUUUAUCUUGCAUAGGUAUAAAUUGCAACAAAAAUAACAGACUUUGCAGCAUUUGUAAUCUAUAAACUUAGAUACACUCCUCCCAACUCUCAGUACAAAUUACAAAAAGAUUUCUUAGGAGUAUGAUUUAUUAUUAUUACCAUUAAUCUGUGGGGUACCUUCCUAAGGACAAAAAUAAGUCUGGAAAAGUCAUAUUUUUCAUGCUUCUUGUAUCCAUUUGAAAAACAUACUGUAUAAAAGCAUUCCUGAUGAUAACCAUUGGAUAUGUACAGUUUGGAAGCUACUAUAAUGCUUCCCAGUCAGCAGUCUUUAGCCUUCUGUAGUUUAGUACCUUCAAAUGUACGACUCCCAUCACGGUCUGUGGUUAUGU